UCUCGUCAUAUCUCUCUCACAUAUCUCUCCCAGUGCUUGACCCUCGUAUUGUCUCAAUUAUAGUUCAAGUCUUAGCCUGAACUCUUGUUACUCUGUUCUUGCCUUAGCAAGCGCAAGUUCGCAGCGCUCUUCCUAUCCAAUGGCUAGCCAAGAGAGCAUCCACCUCCAAGAUCUUUCAACUGCUUCUGCGAACCCCAACGCUCCAGCCAUCGCAGGUCAUGAGGCCAACAAUUCGUCUUCAAAGCCCGUAGUUACUCCUACUGCAGCUGUGGCGCCGAGAAGAUCUUCCGAGAGGGAGGGGCAUCACGAUAUGCUUGAAAAACUUCUCCGGUCAAAGUUAAACAGCGACAUCCACGGGGUGGAGAGACAGAAAUUGAGGAAUUUUCUCUUUCACUACAGCUCACUUAAAGGCAAGCCAGGUGAUGAAAUAUUUAAAGAAAUGGUUCAGUACAUGAGGUACAAAGACCCAACGGAGGGUUCGAGCUGGGCCGAAUCAUCCCCCAAACUCAGCUCUUGCUCCACAACUUUCUCCGAAUGCCUCGAGAUUUUACGGGAGGAGCUACGUUCAGGACGAACGGAGUCUUUCCAGUUUUGUAUACUCUCCGCCAAGCUCCCGGAAGCCACCCGAUCUGAGAAAUAUUCUUUCUCAGAUAAAUGGCCUUUGGCCAGGAACAGUCGGCUAAAUCGAAUGUAUAAUGCGCCAAGAGAUGCAAUAUUUCAUGUGAUACAUGAGGAAUGGGAGUGUCACCAAAUUUGGAUAGAUGCGGAAGCACCGAAACCAUUUUGGCCGAAUAGAAAGAUAACACUGCCAUCUAAAGACACCACUUGGAAGACGCCGCCGGUUAAGGAUCCAGAGUCUCUAAUAUUCAAAUGGCAGCGGGUAUUACCAAAGUACCACAACGACCUGAUCUCGGAGAAGCCUAAGAACGUGUUGAUUAUCUUCGAUUCCACCGUCGUCUCUGAGCCGAGAGACGAACCUAGCAGUAUCCUCAAGAUGUACAAGGACAUUCUUGACAGGCCAUUGCCACAUGACACCGGAUGCCCACACAGUAUUGAGACACAAUUUGUCAGAUCGUUAUAUUGUAUUUUCCGCCUUAUGAUCGAAUGCACAAAGGAGUUCCUGACCGACCUUCAUAAACAACUUUCGGAUUUUACAUCGUUGGGGAGAAGUGAUCCAUCAGCCAGCAAACUCCACUACUUGACUCAUUUGGAAGAUUGCAGGCAACAAUCUUGCUUAGAAUUAGCAGAUACUUUAUCACUGCUAUCGGAAUUAUGGCAGACGCACGUUGAAAACAAUGCGCGAGUGGACUCGGGAAUGAAACCUUGGAAGGAGGAAAUUGAAAAGGAUCUCACGUACCUGGGAGAAGAAAUGAAAGGAGUGAAGGGCAAAAUUGAAGGCGUUCGGGUUAUGGUGAAAGAUAAACUUAAGCUUCGCCAGAUUAGUCGCACUUUCAUCCUAACUUUCGUGGCUGCUGUCUAUUUACCCUUCUCUUUCAUGACAUCUCUUUUCGCCAUGAACGUCUCAGACCCUCUCUGGCCGUCAUCCAACUCGAAAGCUUCUAAUGGUACUGCCUAUACGACCGUCGACGGCACAAACAGUACAAGUGAUGUGUUCGCAGUUUCGCAAAACGAAACAGAUGCUAUCGUAGGUGCAAUAUACGACACUGCCUCUCACCUCUGGACUUUCAAAGAGUACUGGUACGUCACGGCUUCCGUGACCUUCGCCACCAUAUUUCUUCCCAUGAUUAUCGGGCCAAUCUUUCGCAUAUUAUCACAAUUUCUGUCCCGCCAUAUGGCUUAGUGGCGUGCAGCCAUACUAAUUCUAGGAUUCAACGUGAUAUAUUUUAUGAGUUUGUACCUCCCCAGGUUGCCCUUUCUAAUUAUAUUCGGCGUUUUCCUCGGGCUCUUGGCGGCAUCCCUUCUGAUGGAAGCGCUAAUAUUGAAACGAAGGCGCAUAUUGUGGGCAUCCUUUGCGCUGCUUUAUGUCGCUACUCUAGCGUCGUCUAUAUAUUUCCUUUCUAUUUCUAGACUAUCCCUAGGACUAGUUUGUCCGCUCU